CGAAUUGGCGACAAUCUGGAAUUGGGCAGAGAGCAUUUACACCUGUUUUGGGACCGCAAUUCAAUCAGCAGACCCUACAAUGGCUAGCUACAAUGGCUCGGUCUGAUAUCAUUGUACGACGUGCAAUUAGAGUUGAUUUGGGUGGUGGACGUGAAAGCCAUUCGCACUCAAUCGACGGAGUCGGGAUCGCACUAGUUUUGAAUGCAGUACUGUAAACACAAUGCUGAGAGGCCAGAAUCAGCAGCCUCCUCCCCCUCAUCCACCUCCACAACCUCCACCACAACCUCCUCCGCCUCCUCCAGAAUCUCCUCCUCCGCCUCCUCCGAUUCCACCACCUGUAGUGGCAAAAGCUACAGAUCCUCCGAUAAUCGGAGCACCAGUGCCGGAGUUAUGUGCGCCGGAGUUAUGUGCGCCGAGAGAUGAGAGUCUGCAGAUGCAGAUGCAGAUGCACGCGAUGAGAAUGAACAGCGCUCCACCGCCAAAUAAUAUUAAUAACGGCACCCAGAUAAAGCCAUCCAUGAUGAGGAAUGGCGAGGUCUAG